UUCUAGUAAAGCCUUCUUUUUGGCCUUAUAAAAACAGACCAAAAUGCUUAGUCAUUUUGUUGUGGUUCCAUUCCACUCUACAUUUGGCUCUUCAUCAAUCCCUUCUCUCACCCACUCUUAACGUCCUCAUUUAUAACCAACCAUUCCCACCUGUCCAAAAUGCCCCUCGCCGCUGCCGUAUCUUCCGGUCAAAUUGUUUGUGUCACCGGUGCCGGUGGCUUCAUUGCCUCUUGGCUUGUGAAGCUUCUUCUCGAGAAGGGUUACACUGUUAGAGGCACUGUAAGAUAUCCAGACGAUCGAAAGAAUGCUCAUUUGAAAGAGUUGGAUGGAGCUGAGGAAAGGUUGACGUUGUACGGUGCCGAUCUUCUUGAUUUCGAGAGCCUUAGAGCCGCCAUUACCGGUUGCGAUGGUGUUUUCCACACGGCGUCUCCGGUGACCGAUGACCCAGAAAAGGUAGAGCAGGCAAUAAUUGGGACGAAGAAUGUUAUAAUGGCGGUGGCGGAGGCCAAGGUCCGGCGAGUGGUAUUCACAUCGUCGAUUGGAACUAUAUACAUGAAUCCUAAUCGGAGCCCCGACACGGUGGUGGAUGAGUCUUGUUGGAGUGACCUUGACUUUUGCAAAAAUACAAAGAACUGGUAUUGUUAUGCAAAAACAGUGGCAGAGCAAACAGCAUGGGCAAUGGCAGAAGAGAAAGGGGUGGAUCUAGUAGUGGUCAAUCCAAUGUUGGUUCUUGGACCAUUAUUACAACAAACAGUAAAUGCAAGUGUAGCUCAUAUAAUGAAGUACUUGACAGGCUCAGUCAAGACAUAUGUCAACGCUGUUCAAGGUUAUGUUCAUGUUAAGGAUGUUGCAAAAGCUCACUUGUUGGUGUAUGAGACACCCUCUGCCUUUGGAAGAUACAUUUGUGUCGAAACUAUGCUUCAUCGAGGAGAAUUGGUUGAAAUUUUGGCCAAGUUCUUCCCUGAGUAUCCCAUUCCUACCAAGUGCUCUGAUCAGGUGAACCCUAAGAAGAAACCUUACAAAUAUAGUGUCAAAAAGCUCAAGGACUUGGGCAUGGAGUACAUACCUGUGAAGGAAUGCAUAUAUGAAACUGUGAAGAGCCUUCAAGAGAAGGGUCAUUUUCCACUUCCUAAGACCAAUUAACUCAACUGAAAAUAUAUCCUACAGAGAAAGUACAAAAUGUAAAGAAAGAGGGGGACAGAGAAAAUAUAUAGAUCUUGGUAUCCCUAUUUCUUAUAUAUACACACAUAAAUAUAAUGCAAAUGUAUUUAAUUAGUAUAUAGAUCGGGAUUUCCAUUUCCUAAUAUGUAAUAUGUGGCAGAUCCAUAUAGGGGCUAGGGACACGUGCUCCUCAAAUCAUCAUUAAUAUAAAUUUCAAGUAAUAUAGUUAAUAGUAUAUAUAAGUAAAUUCAU